AUGAAUCUACCAGAUCGUUACAAAGAUUACAAAGUUACGAAUAUACAGGAAGGUUCUCGUCAUUUCUUUGCGUUGAACAGCGCUUAUAGCUGGGAUUUUCAACAUUAUUUUGAGGAAACGCAUCAAGACUUGAAUAAAUCUAAAAAAAUCCAAGAAAUAUCAAGGGACUACGACAGUGAUCUGAACUGGAUUACACAAUUACAGGAGACCCCAAUUUGUAUUAAAGAAUAUGCUACUUCAUUGCUUAAACAAAAAAAGCCAACAAAAGCUGAAUUGAUGUCUACAAUAGCGCGAAACGCCGCCAAAAAAAGGAAAAUAGCUGUGACAAUCAACGGAACAAUAACUGGAGGCACCUUUAACAAUAUUAUUGGAGAUAAGGUUCAUUAUAUUAACACGGAGAACUCCUCUAAGCGAAAAUUUGAAGCAGAGGAAAAAAAGGAUGAAGCCGAAGAAAAGAAGGAUGAAGCAGAAGAAAAGAAGGAUGAAGCAGAAGAAAAGAAGGAUGAAGACGAUAAUGAAAAUAAAGAACCAAGUAUUUGGAAUGACUGGCUCAAUUUCUUGGAGCACCACAAGUCUGCUUUCCAUCCAUACAGCCCAGAGGCUAAUAAUAUUAUUAGAGCUGGAAAUGGUAUUUCUUCGAAACCUUAUUUGGAUCGAAGCCUCUACGAUAGACACUUGGAAGGUCACAGUGUUCAGCUGUUUACAAUACCAACUGUAUAUCAACAACACAUCGAUUCCGUUGUUGAUUGUAAUGCCUUGAGCCAAUUCAAGAAGAAAAUUAGAGAAUUCUCUGUGUUCAUAGGAGCAUUAGUUCAAGAGAAAGAAGAAGAGAUGAAGCUGUUAGAGUUUUUAGAAGGAAUAUUUAUUGAGCUUCAUGAAACAUACACUUCACCUAUUGACAAGGACGAAAGUGAGGAUACUUUCAACCAAUUAUUCAUUUGGCCGUACUUAGCAGUAGUUGCAAAAAAUAUUACCAUCCAUAACUGUAAGGCUGGAUUUCACUCUGCCCAACCACGCUUGGAAAGUAUGACCAAGCAACUCAAAGCCAACGGAAUCUUUGUCGAUGAAAAAAGCUGUUAUAAGACGGAUGGUCUGAUUAAACUAUAUGGUCUUAAAAAGAUCGAUAUACUGAUUGUGGAAACAUCCGGUCACUUUGGCAACACUGACCGGGUGAAGCUCAAAUUUGACCACCAUAAGGGUAUGUUUGGUAUGCUGGCCAUGUUAAAGUGCAUAGCCGAUGAAUUCUACUUGGCGUCUGUUGAGAAGUUUUCCAAAGUAAAGGUUUUUUUCUUAAAUGGUGCAGAUGAACAGCUACAUCUAUGGAGCAUCAGCUAUAAAGAGGAAGGGAUUUUCGACCUUUGGAGGGAGGCAACCUUAAAUCUUAAGCCCGAAUAUGAUGAUGUAGAUGAAUACCUACCCCAGCUAGUUCAAUUCUUUUGGACCAUUAAGUGCUUCAUAGAACAGUCGGUGACAAGUAUAACUUCCUUAAAGGAAGAACAUCACUAUGUUCUGAAGCAAAACAGGUACAAUUUGGAUAAGGUCACAAGAUUGGAUAACAUUGUCAAUCCCAUCAUUUUGAAGUUAACCAAAAACGAAGACAGCAAUGGUAUGAGUUCUCUUGGACCGAUGUAUUCCCCCCCACACCAUUAG